AUAAUGAUCUAGUGAGAUGAUAUAAGUUGAGAGUACUCUGUCUUUUUCUAUUUCUCGCUCUUUCUUUUAUAACACUUGCGUUUAGAUCGAAACUUCUUUGGUGUGGGUCGAGAAAGUUUUCACUUACUGAACGAAAGAUAAACUCCUUCGAAAUUUUUUGUUUCACAAGCGACAUCGACGACGGCGGUGGCAACGGUAGCUCAUUAAAAAUAAAUAUUGAGUGAAGUCGGGGGAGGGGUUAUAGGAUGGAGAUAUCGAAACUUGUCUGUGACUUAUCGAUCUUGCGUUAUAGCGAAAAAACUUCUUGGAAGAACUUAAUAUUUUCAUAACGAAGCUUAGUAACAGUCGGGAAAGUUUAGAUAAUGGAAGCUUACUAUGAGAGAGAAACAGAGAGGGAGAGAUAGAUAGGUAGAGAGAGAGAAAGAAAGAGAAAGAGAGAGAAAGAGAGAAGGAGAGAGAUAAAUAAAAAAGAAAGUAGUUAAUUGAAUCAUGGAUAAGCGAAAUUCCAUUUUACUUAAAUACGUUUCUGCGCGAUCAGUAGAAUUCAAAAAAGAAUUAAAAAAAGAAAAAAAGGAAAAGAAAAAGAAGAACUAGCGGAAAAAUAUAAGAUAAUAGAAGGAAAGACAAAAAGAAAAGAAAGAAGAAAUAUCACUAUUAAGAAGUAAGGAUUCUUUUAACGUUUCCGUUUUUCACCUUCUAAUAAAAUAAAACUAGACAAUACAUUAAUCUAAAAACAAUGAUGCCAUUUUUCGUAGGAAUAAAAGAAAUAAAAUUAAUCAUGAAUGGGAAAAAUACGGUAAAGUUAGAUAACGGGAUGUUACAGCCACGUAUUUUACUUUAUCUCAUUCUCGCACAAUUUUUCUUGCAAUUCUUUACCUCGGUAUACCUCUACACGUACGUAGUUAGUGUAGAAAGUGAGCUUCGAAUAAUACGAAGUGGAGAGUGUGAGAGAUCUCAGGAAAAUGAAAAGUUUAUUCGACGAAGGCGAAGCAGCGCGUUACCAACAACAGGAGACAAUGCGGUUUCUGACAUAUCCAGGAUUCGAGAGGAUAAAGAGCUUGCGAAGGAAUCGAAAAAGGUAACCGCGCCACCGAUUGCAUUAUCAGGCUCUUCAUCUUCCCCGACUGCUCCUGGCGGCCAAGAUUGGGUUUGGUUAAAUGCCGAUACUCGUAUACAGUUCGAUGCGAUAGAAAACUUCUGUCGUUCAUCGACAAAAUAUUGUCCACCUGGUCUUCCUGGCUCACCUGGAAAUCCUGGACCACCUGGUUUACCUGGUCUUCCUGGUGUACCAGGUACACCUGGACCAGAAGGACCUCCAGGAUUAGCAGGACUUCCUGGAAUCAGAGGACCUAAAGGUGAAAUAGGACCACCUGGUAUAGACGGAAGAGAUGGUAUUCCAGGUGAGCCAGGUUUGGAUGGUAUACCUGGACGUAGUGGUCUCGAUGGACUUCCUGGAUUAAAUGGUAAAUCAGGAGAGGAUGGUAUACCAGGAUUUCCUGGAAGAAAUGGAACCGAUGGCAGACCAGGUCAACCAGGUCCUCAAGGGCCACCGGGACCGCGUGGAGAAUUUGGUCCACCAGGACGACCAGGAACAUCUGGACAAGAUGGAAAGCCUGGAAUAUCUGCUUGGAAAGUUCAUAUGAAUGAUUACAAUGUUAAUGAUUUGUUAAUUCCACCGUCUAUUUUAGAAGAUAAUUUGAUAUCACGAAAUGGAACUGAAUUGAUUACUUUAAGAGAAGGGAGUAAUGUAAGAUUGAGAUGUGCAACGAGUGGAAGACCACCACCUGUUGUUCAAUGGUCUAAGACAGAUGGUACCGUUAUACCUCUAGGAUCUUGGCAUGUGACUUCCGUAAUAGGCAACACAUUUAAUAUAAGCGUAGUGAAUAGGGAACACAUGGGUGAAUAUACGUGCGUUGCAGACAAUGGAAUACCUCCUCGAGCAUCUAAAAAGUUUAAACUUCAAGUUAGAUUUCCACCUUUUAUCCGAAUACGUAAUCAAUUGGUCCUCGUGCGAAGUCAGAGUACAGCUAUCUUAGAAUGUGAAGUCGAGGCAUUCCCGGAGCCAACAGUUCAUUGGGAACGCGUCGAUGGUCGACGUUUGAAAAUAUCUGACAAAUAUCGUAUGGAAAUUUACGAAAGAAGAGAUUACAAGUUUAAAAUGCGUUUGAAAAUCCUUCGAGUUCUACCAAAUGAUCACGGUACCUAUCACUGUGUUGUAAAAAAUGAUAUCGAUGUUACGAAAGGUUCUCUUAUAAUCGAUGACGAUAUGAAAAAUAUGGAUAGAUUUAAAUUAAAUAAGCAACAACAUGUAGUUUAUGGAGAACCUAUGCCACAGAAUAUCGAUUUGGAAGAACUAUGUCCACCCCAAGAAACUUGCCCUACAUGUCCUAUCAUGAAAUGUCUAUAUACCGAUAUAGACGGCUACGUAAAUGUUCAGCCUUUAAGAAACGUUAAUUUCACAGGAUUGCCGUCAAGAUUAGUAGAUGGUGUAAUAGAAGCAGUAGGUAAGCCAGUGUUGAAGGGAACUAUGGACGAUCAUUAUGGUAGUUGGAUGCACGAUCCAUCUCCAAGGUUCGAUGGAAUUUCGGAUAAGCAUUGGAUUACACGAAAAAAUGAAACGUCUUAUAUAUUGGAAUUUAAAUCGAAAGAACAUUUUAAAAAUAAGACACCACAAAAAAUCGAAUUACCAUAUCCAUUUCAGGGAAACGGACAUAUAAUAUACAACGGAUCAUUUUUCUACAAUCCUAAAAAUCGAUCGUCGAUAUUUCGAUUCGAUCUUUACCAUGGUCAAGGAUGUGAUAUAUUUUUUUCAACAUGCGAAUUGCAACUACCUGGUUUAUACGUUAAUACUAACAACUAUCUUUACACUCCUAAUCAUAAUUUUAAUUACGUGGACUUCAACGUUGACGAAAAUGGUUUAUGGGUAAUAUAUGGAUUACCAUCCAAUAAUACGGUCGUGAUGAAAGUGGGUGCUACUGAUCUCAGUCUUCAAUAUGCAUGGAACAUCAGUAUUGAUCACCAUAAAUUUGGAGAAAUGUUUAUCGCGGGAGGAGUUUUAUACGCUGUUCACAGCGUAACGGAUGAAACAAUGAAAAUUCGAUUAGCCUUAGAUUUAUACAAAAAUUCAACAGUAGAUGUACAUUUGUCAUUCUCCAAUCCAUAUCAUAAAACUACAGCUGUCAGUUAUAAUCACAAAACAAAGGAGCUGUAUACAUGGAAUAAAGGAAAUCUAUUAGCUUAUCCUGUAAAAUAUCAAGGUCUUAUUAAUGUUACAUUAAAAGAUGAACUCAAAGAUACUGAUAAUGUCUAAUAAAUUGAUUUUAAAUACCAACUGUGAUAGACUAUCUUCGAUCGAUAUCAGCUUGCUAAUUUUGAUAGCAUAACAAAAUAAUAAAAAAAUAUCUAAUUAGGAAGACACGAAUCAUCUAAAAUAUCUAUAUAAACUGUAUUUAAGGGAACCAUUUUUCGCUGUACGAACAGAUAUCGACAAAGUCGUGCUUUCGUGAUUUAUAUUCUAUAUAUUUUACCGACAUGAGAGAAAUGGACAUUUUUCUUAUUUCUACAUUUAAUGCGGAAAGAUUCCACAAACUCUCGUAUAAAAAUCUAAAUCAAUAUGAGUACACAACACACUUGAAUAGAGCCUAAAGAAGAAGAAAGAAGGAAUGAAAAAAAAGAAACUCAUCUAAACAUAAAAGCCCCUUUUGAAUAAAACCCCAUCCAAAAGCCUUUCCGUAAAGAAUAAUAAAAAAGCAAGGUGCAAUAGAACGCGUAUAAGCGUGGAAAUAAAGAAACUGAUAACGAGGAGUAGGCAUCUUGAUGAUCGCACUACCCGCCAAAAAUAUCAUAGUACAUAAAUCGAGCUCAACUUUUCUCUACCGAAAGAAAGAAAUCUGUCCGAGACUAUAUUCAAGGAUCUCAUCCGAGGACAGAACAUAAUAAAUACCUAUAAAUAAAAAUAAAUACUUAUUAAUAAGAAUAAAUAAAAGGAUAAAUAUCUAUAAAUAAGAAUAAAUAAGAAUUAAUAAGUAUAAAUGAAGCUUUUUGAUUUUCCCUCCUAACAAAUUUAUUAAUUAAACAUUAUGCAAGAUUCAUCGUUUCGACUAUGAUAUUGUUAUGUGCUUCGAUAAAUAAGAAUAUAUGUGAAUAAAUAAAAACCGUGUGAUAUAUAAUGACGAAAAUAAAUACAAUAGGAAAUUUAGUAGUGAUUAAAAUCCUGUAAAUGAUUAAUAUCCUGUAAAGGAUAAAUAAAAGCAAACAAGAACGAAUAAGAAUAAAUAAGAAUCAUAAAGAAAUUAGAAUUUUUCAAUGCGUUUCUCUAAGAAAUAAUUUUAGAAUUCUAUUAAAUCUAAACUGUUUAUCAAUUGAAGAGAAGAUUUUGGAAAUGUGCAGCCAUUAGCUCGGUAGUACUUGCCUUAUAUAAUUUAAAUUUAAAUUUUUACAUAUAGCAAGUAGUACCGAUCCAGGUCUCACCACGUGGAGGUUGCUGCAUCUGGAGACCCACAAGCUAACGAUGACUCUACACUAAAAUCCGUGUUCACGAUAUAAUCUAAUCGAAUUUUCGACCAAAUAAAACAAAAUUCCUCAAGUAGAACCUUUCAAUCGGGUUGCGAAAACUCAUGUAAGUGUUAAAAUAACGAUGACUCUACUGGAAAAUUCGCGUUUCCAGGAUGAUAUGAGCUAACCGAGAAUUUUGGCUUCCAACGCUAUCUAGAGGAUGAUCAAUCUCCGCUUACGGAUAAUAGGACCGUCGCAACAUUGGCAGCUACUUACAUCGUUUUCUAACACGAUCGAUUCGAAAUAUCGAGCAACCAAACUAAGUCCAUUAUCGUAGAAUUUUCAAUCGUGCUCGUGAAUAUCCAUAUCUACGCCCACCAACGCGUACGUGAGUGUUCUCCCUAUUUUACCCGUAUUCGCGUGUAAAAAUUAAUGAUGAAUCGAUCCAUUUGAAGAUACAUUGGACUCAAGCCGAUAUAACGAAUUCUCGCCGAGUAAUCACCAGCCCGCAGAUGAAUCUAUCCCUCGAUGAUUUCAGCCUGGAAAAGAAGAAGAGGAAAAGAAUAAAAGAGAAAGAGAAGAAAAGAAAGACGGAAUGUGCCCGCACGUGAUAACGAUGUAACUUAAAACAAGAGGUAGAUAUCUCGAAGAUCGUUCUACCCAAGCAAAAUCAGAAUCAACUUGAUGUUUUCAUACUGAAAGAAGAAAACUCGCUCAAAGCCCUAUCCCAAGGGCCCACACCUGAUGAUCCUUCCCUCGAUGAUCCUUUCCUCGAUGGUCCUUUUUUCGAUGAUUUAAUUUGAAAAGAAGAGGGAAAAGAGGAUAUAGAAAAUAAUAAUGAGAGAAGAAAUUUAGUAAGAAAGAAAAUAAAAGAAAAAGAAUAAAAGAAACCCGGAACGCGCACGUGUCCGAGAAGGAUAGAACUCAGAACGAGAGGUGGACAUUUCGAAAAUGGUUCCACCAAACAAAACCAGUAUAAAAGUUGAAUAAAAUUGAGCU